ACUGAAUUACUGAUACCUACGAGAGUCCAUCGUUUUUUCUUUCUCUGCAGAGUUUUGACGUCGCAGAAUUUGACAGGCAUUAUACCCCCAGAAUUCUCUCAGCUGCGUUAUCUCAAAACUCUGGAAAUGUUUGGUAGUGGUUUGGAUGGUCCAUUACCUUCCAGUACUGCAGCCCUUACUAGAUUGGUCAAGCUCCAGAUUAGCGAUCUAGGAGGAAAAUCGUCUUCCUUUCCUCCACUGCAGAAUUUGAAGUCUCUCAAAACAUUGGAGUUGAGGAGAUGCAACAUAUACGGACGAAUUCCUAAAUAUAUUGGAGAUAUGACGAGUCUCAAAACACUUGACCUCAGUUUUAACCUCUUAACGGACAAGAUCCCGUCAUCAUUAGCCAACUUGAAGUUAGCAGAUUAUAUUUACUUGGCAGGAAACAAGUUCACAGGGGGUGUUCCAAACAGUUUUAUCGAAACUAACAAAAAUAUAGAUAUAUCUUCCAACAAUUUCACCCUCCAGAGUUCAAUUCCUAGUGGUGAUUGUGACCAAGUUAAUAAUGCAUAUAAGGGCUACCCUUGUUACUUCCAACACUUCCCUUGCCUUUUGCCUAAAAGAAAGUACAAAUAUAAGCUGUACAUAAACUGUGGGGGAGAUGAAAUAAAAGUUAAAGAAAAGACAUACGAAGCUAACGUAGAGGGUCAACGACCAACUACAUUUGUCUAUGGCUCUGACAAGCACUGGGCAUUUAGCAGCACCGGACACUUUAUGAAUGAUCUUACAGAAGUGGAUGACUACACCGUGUCUAACACCUCUACACUAUUAGCCGAUGCUUCGUCUCCAAGUUUCGUGUUGUACAAGACGGCUCGGAUUUCUCCUCUCUUGUUGACUUACUACGGACUCUGUCUCGGCAAUGGGGAGUACACUGUGAGUCUCCACUUCGCAGAGAUAAUAUUUACCAGCGACAAUACAUUCUACAGUCUUGGGAAAAGAGUGUUCGAUAUUUAUGUUCAGGAUAAGUUGAUGAUUAAAAACUUCAACAUUAAAGAAGCUGCUGGUGGAUCGGGGAAGCCAAUCAUAAAGACAUUUUUGGUAAAUGUAACAAAUCACAAUCUGAAGAUCAGCUUGCGGUGGGCUGGCAAAGGGACAACUACGCUUCCAAUUAGAGGAGUUUACGGCCCUAUGAUCUCAGCUAUAUCAGUUGAACCUAGUAAUGGAAAGAGUAACUCAAACGUCAAACAACCAAGCGAGAACUUGGAGUGCCUUCUUGAUCAGGCCUACGUUUUGCAAGACAUGGGAUGCUUACUAGACUUGGUUGACCCAGUGCUAGGUUCAGCUUACUCAAAAGAGGAAGCAAUGGUGAUCUUGAACGUGGCGCUAAUGUGCACUAACACGUCCCCGGCGUUAAGGCCAAAAAUGUCGCAGGUCGUGAGUCUCCUCGAGGAAAAGACCGCAAUGAAAAACCUGUUGUCAGACCCAAACUUCUCAGCAGUGAACCCGAAGCUGAAGGCUUUAAGGAGAUUCUUUUGGCAGAGCGAAUCCUCCACAAGCGGACCUCGUACCACUGACUCUGUUGAUGCUGAAGAGAACACAUCAAAAGACGAAAUAGUAGAAGAACCAGAACUUGAGUUGAAGAAGAUGGUGCUGUCGAACAAGAAGCUGAAGCAGAGGAUUCGACAAGAUUUGGUUAAAUCACUAUCUGUCUCUGUAGCCGAAACCAAUCCACAAUCUCAGUCUCUGAAAUUGCUCCUUGAUUCAUCUAGCCACAAACCCAGAUUGUCCAAGAGAGAGAAACGAAGAAAUUCCGAAACUUUCGCUAGAGAAGACGACGGAAUCACAGAGAAUGAAGUGGGGAUUGGUGGGCCAGCGGAGGAAACUGAUACGAAGAUUAGAAAGAAGAGAAAGAGAGACGAUACUGUGGAAGUCGACGAAUUAGAAGGAGAUGAAGUAACUAAGGAAGAGGAAAAACCCCAGAAGAAGAAAAAGAAGAAGAAGAAGAAGAAGAGAAAGGUAAACAAAACGCCAAAGAAGGCUGAGGAAGGAAAUGUAGAAGAGAAGGUUAAGGUAGAAGAGAUUCAAGUUAAUAAUACAGACAAUAAAGAAGAAGAUGGGGUUGUUCCUAAAAAGUUAUAUGUUGGGGGUAUUCCUUAUCAGAGUACAGAAGAUGAGAUUCGUAGCUACUUCAGAAGCUGUGGAGUCAUCACUAAAGUUGAUUGCAAGAUGCGUCCUGAGGAUGGUGCUUUCAGUGGUAUUGCCUUCAUCACUUUUGAAUCUGAAGAUGGCGCAAAACGUGCUUUGGCUUUUGAUAGAGCUGCAAUGGGUGAUCGAUUUUUGACGAUCCAGCAAUAUGUGAAAACCACCACUCCUUCCGUUCCCAGAAGGAAAACAUCUUCUGGUUUCGCUCCAGAAAUGGUGGAUGGCUAUAACAGGGUGUACAUUGGGAAUUUAGCCUGGGACACAACAGAGCGUGACAUACGGAAACUCUUCUCUGACUGCGUAAUUAACUCUGUCCGGUUGGGCAAAAACAAAGAAACAGGGGAGUUUAAAGGGUAUGCGCAUGUGGAUUUCAAGGAUAGCGUGUCUGUGGCGAUUGCGCUGAAGCUGGAUCAGCAGGUUAUUUGCGGAAGACCUGUCAAGAUAUGUUGUGCACUUAAAGACAGACCAGCUGCGAAUAAUAGUACAGACCAUACACCUGGUGAAACGAACAAUGUUGGUUCGUACAACAUGGAAGAGACUUAUGCUGCUGCUGAUCCAGUACCGGCUUUAGCUGGGGCUAACGAAGUUAAUGACGGAAACUACUUUACAACCACAGUUAGCAGCGGUAAGAUCAAAAAGAGGGUCUGUUAUGAGUGUGGAGAAAAGGGUCAUCUUUCUACAGCCUGUCCCAAAAAGCUUCAAAAUGCUGAUGAUCAGGCAAACUCAAAGCUGGGUCAAGAGACUGUUGAUGCUGGACCGGCUAUGCAAAGCUAUGCUCUUCAAAAGAAUAGUGGUGAUGCUUACUACAUGAAUGAGACAUACGCUGCUACAAAUGAAACUAAUAAUGGAUACUCAGCAUCCGCUGUUAGCACUGGUAAGAUCAAAAGGAGGAACUGUUUCGAGUGUGGCGAAAAGGGUCAUCUUUCUAAUGCUUGUCCCAAAAAGCUUCAAAAUGCUGAUGAUCAGGCAAACUCAAAGCUGGGUGAAGAGACUGUCGAUGCUGGACCGGCUAUGCAAAGCUAUGCUCUUCAAAAGAAUAUUGGUGAUUAUUACUACAUGAAUGAGACAUACGCUGCUACAAAUGAAACAAAUAAUGGAUACUCAGCAUCUGAUGUUAGCACUGGUAAGGUCAAAAGGAGAAACUGUUAUGAGUGUGGAGAAAAGGGUCACCUUUCUACUGCUUGUCCCAAAAAGCUUCAAAACACUGCUCACACAAACUCCCAGCUGGAUAACCAGACUGUUGAGGCAGGACCGAUUCAGGUAACAAGCUAUAGUCUUCAAAAGAAAACAAGAGACUCUGAGAACAAUGGUGGUUCUUUCAUGGAUGAGACAUAUGCUACUGUUCCGAUAUCUGUUGAUGUGACAAAUGGAGCUAAUGAUGCAAGCUUAACAUCUGCAGUUAGCACUGGUAAGAUCAAAAAGAGAAACUGUUACGAGUGUGGAGAAAAAGGUCAUCUUUCUUCAGCUUGCCCUAAGAAGCCGCAAAAACAAGGCUGAUCCCACAAGUUCUACAAAGACAGCUUAAACAUUGUAACAAAAUGUUUAAACUUUU